AUGAUCUCACGACAUUUUUGGGUAGUUGCACUUAGGUCGGUGUUGCAUGGAGUCAUGUCCCGGUGUACAGUGUGUGUGCGGUUGAACGCUCGACCUGUCCAGUCGUUAAUGGCCGAUUUACCGGCUGCGCGUGUACAACAGUGCAGGCCGUUUGCUCGCGUAGGCGUCGACUUUGCCGGGCCGCUGCAAAUGCGCGAACUUAAACUUCGAAAAUCACGCACGUUCAAAAUAUACAUAGCUGUAUUUGUUUGCUUUACCGUGAAGGCGGUACAUUUAGAAGUGGUCACUGAGCUUUCCACCAAUGCCUUUUUGUCUGCGUUCGAUCGCUUUGUUGCUCGACGUGGCCUACCUAGCGACAUUUAUUCGGAUUGCGGGACAAACUUCGUGGGGGCCAAUAAACAAUUGCACUCUUUAAUCAAUAGCCCAGAGGGUCAGGUCGCUGUCGCGAAUUUGCGCCCCGCGUGUGAAUGGCAUUUUAAUCCACCAGGCGCCCCGCAUUUCGGAGGCCUUUGGGAGGCUGCCGUACGUUCAACUAAAAGGCUGCUAACCCGAAUUAUUGGUAUUCAUAUUUUUACCUAUGAGGAAUUUACAACAAUACUGACACGCAUAGAGGCGGUGCUUAAUUCUAGACCAUUAACACCCGCGUCCACCGAUCCCCACGAUUUGGAGUGUUUAACACCGGGACAUUUUUUGAUCGGCCAGCCUUUAUUAGCCGUUCCCCCGAGAUCUACUACCGACGCACAGCGAAAUAUCCGAGAUAGGUGGAAAUUACUCUAUCAGUGCCAUCAGGCGUUCUGGAGGCGAUGGUCUACCGAGUACUUGACUACUCUCCAGGAGCGCUCAAAAUGGACCCAAAGGGUUAACAAUAUAAACGUCAACGACAUGGUCGUAGUUGUCGAUAACCAUAGCUCUCCACUAGUGUGGCGGCUUGGUCGGGUCAUAGAGGUAACUCCCGGGACUGACAAUGUCGUACAUGUCGCUAAAGUAUUGACCAGUACUGGUCCUAUAACACGACCUGUGGUCAAACUAGUGCCCUUACCCGUCGAUGAGUAA